UGACUUGCUCUUAUCCACAUGGAUCUAUCAAACACUCAUCUGUAGCUGACUAGUCACGGCAGGCAACAACAUAUGCACAUUGGCUCCCCUUAUCGAAAUAAAAACCAAGAUAGAAAUAAAUAUAAGUUUUUUUGUUAUUUUAGUAGUAAUGUUAUUUUUGUAAUGUGAUGGGUAGUUAUUUUAGUAGUGUUUUUUUUAUUUUAGUAGUAACGUUACAUUUGUAAGGUGAUGGAAGUUAAUUUAUAAGUGUUUUAUUUUAGCAGUAACGUUACAUUUGUAAUGUGAUGGGUAGUUAUUUUGUAAGUGUUUUUAUUUUAGCAGUAACGUUAGAUUUGUAAUGUGAUGUGUAGUUAUUUUAUAAGUGUUUUUAUUUUAGCAGUAACGUUAGAUUUAAAAUGGGACAAAAACGUUGAACCCGGAGUGAAGGGAGGCGGGUUACAAGCUCCCUCCCUCUACCUUCGGGGAUGUAUCUGUUAUUUCCCAGUGCUUGCGAUGAACGCAGAGGAGACGGACAGCAACGUAUUCAUUUCCACGUUCAUCAUGAUUCCAACGCAUUGCCGUCAUGGCAACACCAAUGAAUUCUUCUGAGUAGUUUGACCGCAAAAUCAAAGCAUAAAAAUGAAUUUGCUUGUUUUUCUUGUUUUGAUUAAUUUUCCAUUUACCCGAGGUGUGAGGGAUAUACCAAGACUCAUCUUGAGACAAGACAGGAUAGAAGACCGGCUGGAAUAUAACCUUCCUCAGAACCACACAGUCUUCUUCCAACCAGAAGAUGGUGAUGAGCUGUACGUUGGAGGCACAGACUUUGUCUUUCAGAUUGAUGUGGAGUACAGUCGAAUCUUAGAGUUGUUCCCACUCGGCACGGCAGCUGGACAGACCUGUGGAGAGGGUCCAUGUAAGAAUGUCAUCACUGUUAUCCAGAAGUUUCAGGACAGUCUGUUUGUCUGUGGGACCAAUGGGAACAAGCCCCAGUGCUGGAAGCUGUAUUCUCAGAUGCCCAAUCACAAACUUGAGAUUGUGGAGAGUUACGAAGGCACUGGACUCUCUCCUUACGUUUACUACCAGAAUGCACUCUCCCUCACUGUAGAGGGGGACCUAUAUGCUGCAGCUCCUUUAUACAGCGAUGGGAGCUCAUUACAGUUCAGAAGGAAAGCUGGCAGCAGAACCAAUGUAUGGAUGUAUGACAAGUGGGUGACCGAGCCCACGUUCAUCUCCGCCUGCUGGGUGAGACGUAGGGAGGAGCCGGACAAGGAGAAGAUAUAUAUCUUCUUCAGGGAGAAGAACUCUGACAGCAGCCCUGAAGCUGAUCCCUGGAUCUCUAGAGUAGCACAAGUCUGUAAGGUGGAUGAAGGCGGUUCUAAGCGGUUCAUGCAGAACAUGUGGACGUCGUUCCUGAAGGCUCGGCUGGUGUGUGGGAUUCCCAACGAGUCGCUCUACUUUAACCGGCUCCAAGAUGUCUACGUGCUCCACGCGGAGGAAUGGAGGGACUCACAAGUCUAUGCUCUGUUCACUAGCAGCUGGAAUGGCACAGCUGUCUGCGUCUACUCCAUGGAAGAGAUCGACAGGAUAUUCCAGAACUCUCCCUUCAGGGGAUACAGUAAGGACAUUCCCAACCCAAGACCUGGAACAUGUGUCUCUGACAGUAAAGACCUGCCGUUGGCUACGGUGAACGUGAUAAAGGAUCACCCAGAGAUGACAGACUGGAUUCAUCCCAUCCAGCCCUACACCCCAUUCUACAUCUCUAACUAUAACUACACCAAGAUAGUUGUGGACCGAGUACAGGCUGCAGACUACACCAUGCACAACGUCCUGCUGCUAGCAACUGACACUGGAAUGAUCCAUAAGAUCUUAAAUGAUCGUUUCAAACCUUUCAUCAUCUCAGAGACUCAUCUCUCCAACCACUCUGAUGUCAUCAGAUCCAUGAAACUGGACUCUAGAAAGAGGAAACUGGUGGUGGGUUUGUCAGAGCAGAUCUCCAUUCUGGACCUCCAGAGGUGUCAGGACUAUAACGGAUCCUGUCAUGUGUGUGUUCUGGCCAGAGACCCGUACUGCGCCUGGACAGAGGCUGGGUGCAAACCCACCGUCCCGGGAGGCAUUCAAAAUAUUGAUGGAGGACAAACUAAUGUGUGCCGUAAAACAGCAGGAGGUCAAAUGUCAGAAGAACCAAAGAAGCCCACCAGCAACAGGACCAGACGUGACACCCAGCCCUCCUCGUCCCUGAACGCCCUCGGUGCAUCGGUCCACUCUGUGCCUCUGAACAUCCCCUUCUACCUGUCCUGUCCUAUAGACUCCUACCACGCCCACUACAGCUGGGAACACCUGGGCACGACACACCCCUGUCUGCGACUGCAGGCCAGCUGUCUCCAUCUCAUCCCCUCCAUGCAGACAGAGCACUAUGGGAACUACCAGUGUGUCUCCAAGGAGAGAGACUAUACCAGGGUGGUGAGGGUGGUCCGAGCUACACAGCUGCUGAGUAACCACAACCCAAGCAUAAUCAGCAGGCCUGCUAGACCGGUGGGAACCCUCAGUACUAACGUAGAGGACUCUAAGAACAACGGAGCAACAGCAGCUAUGGCAAUGCAGGCGGGAUGGUUCGUGACCUUUGCAGCUUUGGACAUUAUCGUGCAACUUCUGCAAUAAAAUCAUGUCCACUAUGGACUUCAUCAUGAUA